UUCAGGGAUGGGGCGAAAGAGAGAGGAAGACUCCGCGCAUCAGAAAACCUCUAUGAAAUUAACCUGCAGGAUUUGGAAAACGUUUUUGACGCCGAACUUGUGGAUUUUUAUCAUUUGUCUGGCAGGUGUCCUCCCUCCCUGUUGCUCGGGGGUUCAUGUAUCUGUGAGAGAUGGGAAGAGGUAUACUGUGCUGUUCCAGUCUGUGGUUCUGCCAUGUCAGUACACCAGUGUGUCCACCCAGAUCCCCGUGGUACAGUGGGUCUACAAGUCAUACUGUCGCGACCGCACGCGGGAUUCCUUCAGCUUCCCCGACAGCCAGAGUGGAGGUGGGUUGACGGGUGGAACCGGAGGAGCUGGUGGAGGGUACGAGACGGGGAUGGCGGCGAACUACCUCGACUGUUCUGACAGCAGCCGGACAGUCCGAACUGUGGCCUCCAUCUCCGGUUCCUCGAUCACACUGUCAGAGUACUACAAGAACAGAGACAUCUCCAUCAUCAACAAGGCAGACCUGAGGAUAGGAGAGGUCCAGUGGGGAGACAGUGGAGUUUACAUCUGUAAAGUGGUUAUAUCUGAUGAUCUAGAGGGACCAAACGAAGCCUCUGUCGAGCUGCUGGUUCUGGGUUUCUCAGGUGUGCCUGAAGAUCUGCUGCCAGACUUUGAUUUGAAGAUUAUGCCAGAGUGGGUGUUUGUGGCAGCGGUGGCUUUGGGCAGUGUGUUAUUCCUGCUGUUUGUUGGGAUUUGUUGGUGUCAGUGUUGUCCUCACUCCUGCUGCUGCUACGUCAGCUGCUGGUGCUGCCCCGACACGUGCUGCUGCCCCAGACACUUGUAUGAGGCAGGUAAGGGUAUAAAGACAGGUACCUCCACCCCUCAGCCACCUGCCUACCCUCCAUACUUUGUCUCUGGUGUCCCUACAAUGGUCCCCAUCGCUCCCCCCUCCCUAGUGGACAAGAUGUCUUCUGCCCCCCCCUCAGAUGGCAGCCUACUAACAGCAGGGAUUCCCUACCGUGUGCCUUCACCUCAGGAUCAGGACUCUCUCAGGGUGCUACAGUAUGUAGAGAAACAACUGGCUCACUUCAACCCGGCCAGGUCCAACAGUCACCAGUCCUGUAGUCUGUCUGAGCUGAGCUCUCUCCACGAAGGAGAAACUGGCUUCCGCCAAACAUAUCGCAAUGUCCAGAAGAAAGCUCUGCCCGCCAUCCCUGACCACGAUCCUCAGCCUGAACCCCAGCGCUACCGUGACAACCGCAGCCCGGAGCCACAGCGUUACCGUGACAGCCCCUCUUCACCUCAGCAUCAUCAUGAUGACCCUGACUCUGACCCCCGGCGGUGCCGGGACGAGCCCCCCCCUCAGCGACGAUACAGUGACGACCCACCAUCCUCCUCACAGUCACGCAGGCUUGGCCGUAAUCAACAGCAACACAACCACAGCGAGGAGGACAACCACAACAGGUGGAACCCUCGUUCAGAACAUCUGCAUAGAAAAACGUACCGCUCACUGGAUGAGCUGGAGGAGUUUGCUGCUUCCUACAAGCAGAGGGGAGGCAGAGUGGUAGAGAAGAGGGAAGAAGAACAGGGAGACUAUGAGAUGGACUUUCUGGAGUUCAGUCGAUAUCCUUCCUACCGCAAUGGCCCGCCUCAGCAUUACCACAACAAUGAAAAUGAGCUCGGAGACAGCAGGGACCGUGAGGAUCAUCCCAGACGGAGCAAGAAAAAUGGACGCACCAUCAGCCCACUUCCGUCACCCAAAAAGAGGAGGGGCACUUGGGAUAGUGAACGUCCUGUUCCACCUCCUCCCAGAGUCAGUCCACCAUCAACUUCCUCUCAAGAAAAGGACUAUGAUGGCACAUUCCUGAACAGCCUGCUGGAGCGUAAGGCUAAGUUGCGUGGGGUCAGCCAGGGGAAGAGUGGGGCCAGGGGUGAGGAAGAUUCAGACACACCCUCAAAAGGCAGCUCGAAAAAGAGCAGCGGGGAAUCUAGUCGGCACUGCAGCCGUUCGCCUAGUAACAGGCCUGAUGCAGAUUCACUGCCUCCUUACUCAGACACAGAGCGAAACAGAACUGACAGGCCAUCUCCACGGCUACUCCCCACACACACUCGCUCAUCUCAACCUCCUGCCCAUUCCCUGCCUGGUCGCAGAGAGGAACCCAGAGACAAAUCCCGGAAAGUGAGCACUCUGCUCAGCCGAGACUCCCUCAUCGUCUGAUCGACUGAAAGCCGCAGAGACUGAACUCUUCGAGCAGACUGAGCAUGCGGCCACGAAACUCUACGCACAUCAGCUGAUAAGAGAUGACGGAAUUGACUUUGAGCGUGGAAAGCUGAAUCAGGACCAAUGAGUGAAGGAAUGAACAACAGAUACACUUUCACUAUCGAGACUGUUACUGGGGCUUUCUGUCUGUGACGUCGCUGAGUGAUGAAGUCACCACCAUUCAGUUUCUGUCACGGACUGCCUCAUACAUAUCUCAGCUGGACUAACACUGAACUGAUGUGGGCUGGGUGUAUGACCUGGAAUGUCCCUCUGAGCAGGACACUGUUAGUCUCCCCUCUUCCCUUUAUAAAAGCCUCUGAAGCGGAGGGACUUACUUUACGCUUCUAGCACAAUGAGUGCAUUCAUUUCCAUUUGAUGAGAUAUCUGCAUUUAGAAAGCUCAGUUGCAGAAUAGAUGGUAAAUGAAAACACCAUUAUUAUAAAGGACAUAAUGUAGCUUCAGUUGUAUGACAAUACACGCACUGUGCCAUUCAGUCACAUAUUCAGGGACUAAAGCAUCUAAUUCACAGUUUUAACCAGGAGACUUUGAUGUUAAACUGGAUGUAGUAACCAACAAUACCAAAUGUUGAUAUGAUGUGUAUCCACAGAGCGGGUGGACAUAAUAACACGAACGCCUCAUGGAAAAGGACAGUAACUCUUAAAGCUGCAUUAAAGCCACAAUAUGUAAAUUCUGGAAUUCAAGCUAGCGCUAGCAUGAGACUCAAGAGUAAACCACUCCGCUCCUCCUUCAUUUGCAUCUCCCAGCUCUAUUAAGAUUAGAGGAUAUUAGAAAAAGUUAUAUACCGCAGUUUCAACCAAUAUUUUUAUAUUGAUAAUGUAUUAAUUAACCUCUAAUGUCGCUCCAUGUCAGCUGGAUGUGUAAAUAAGCAAGUGUUUGCUAAUGCAUUUGCCAUAAAAUAUUGAUAAGGUAAUAGAAGAUGUUAUCUCAAGUUGUGUUUACAGCUUGUUCUGCUUGUGCACAUGUAACAAAAAAAAUCAAUCAAUACUGUUACAAGUAACUUAGUCAUGCAGUACAUGCACAUGAGCUGGGUUAUAUGAGGUUUAAUACCAUGUAGCAGCAAUUAUAAAUGAAAAAAAGAAGUCUGGAAAUCAAGUGUUUAAAGCAACAUAAGAUGGAAAACAGCUCUGUAGAGGGCAAAUAAUCUGCACCUAAACUGCAGUAGUGCCAGUCAGAGUCAGUUUGAGAUGUUGUUUAAGAUGUUAUGGGUUGUAAUUUUGAAAGUCAUGACAAUACCCAAGCCAAACCCAGCAAGCUGAUUGACAAAAUACUAAACUAAUAAGGGUAUUGACUAAUUCUGCUAACUGCCCACUGACCAACAUCCAUAUUCGUUACACUAUUUGCAGCGGAGGUUUAGUUACUUCUACGUUAAGGUUCCUAUUCAUGAAGCAGUAACAUUACUUUACCUUGGCCCUGUUAUUUCAGUGGAGCUUAUCAUCUCCUAUUAAAACAUAUUAGAGUUUGUACAAAGUAACUGUUUUAAAACCUAAAACCUGAUUAAAAAUUUGUAUUUUUUAUAAACAUUUAAAGUAUUGAACUGCUGCUUGGCUGGAAAACAUGUUUGUACUGCAGUAUGAACACAUUUUUCUAUAUAAACUCGACCUAUUUAUGUGUGAGGUGUGACAUGAUUGUUGUAAUUUGUAAAUGAUAAUGUUUGUGUAAGCACUCCACUGCGACUGUGUACAUAAGAUGAAGUGUCUUUGAUUUGAUUACUGUAAUUCAACCUUUUUCUUAUCACUGCUGAGUCAACAGCUAAACCAACACCUUCUUGUGUUAUCUAACAGCCACACACACGUGUACAAAACACACAUUACCCUACUGAUUUUUGGACAUCUACAUCUAUCAAUUGUAUUACUUCUUCUGCCCUAACAUAACACCGUACAGUAUUUCUUUAUUCCUGCCUCCAUGGUGGGAAGGCUUGUCUUCAGAAAAGUCUAAUGUGCGUGUUUAGUUUUCCUCUGCUGGCUGAUAUUGACAACUGUGUGUGUGUGUGUGUGUGUGUGUGUGUGUGUGUGUGUCUGUGUGAGUGUGUGUGUGUGAUUGUGUGUGAGAGAGAGAGAGAUGACUCUUUACUUUUCUGUAAAGGAGACAAUGUAUAAUUGAGUAUGACUCAUGUCUUUGUUCAUUGUUGUUACCACAGACUGCCUGUCUUCUCUACACAGCUGUGUUAAAACUCACAUAUCAUGUCUGCCAGCUCAGCCACAGAAAUCUGCCCUGUUCGUCAUCCACAUAAAGAAUUUGUUACAACACUCUCGUCCAUUAAGCGUCCAAAGUAUCUGUUUAUUAACAUGGCAAGAUGCAGAGUGGCAAACAAAACAGAAGCAUCAAGUG